UUUUCAUUUGUAUAGCACUUCUGUAGCUUCGAACACUAGUUCUUAAUUUAGCUAAAUUUUAUGUGAAUUAUAUAAAAAAAAAAGAAAGUUCGGUCAUUUUUUAUAAAAAAGUAUAUGAGAUAAACAAAACCUACAAAAAGAAAUGAUGCUUGCGUUCCUAGACGAAUCCGCGAAUGAAUAUCAAGUGGCUAAUAUGGCUGCAUCUCCCGUUGGCAGGAGGCGAUUGACCCAGCGACCACAGCUACCAGAAGUCAUCUACGUCCAGGGAAUUCCCUACAUCAAUGGACGCCGGUUCCCUGUUCCUUGGCAGCCUCAAGCUGAAAGGCCCACUCGAGUUGGGACCGAUGAAGUGCCCACCGUUCCGGAGCGGAAUGAGGUACAGGCCAAUGCGACUAUCCUGAGGCUGCGACGAACCAGGAGGACUGUGCCCCUGGUUGCCGAAAGAAGGUGUAUGUGGAGACGAUGUGCCCACACUUUGCCGCCGUUGGGGGAAGUCGAUGAACACGAGACUCAACCGCUACUGCAUUUGGCCCUGGAGGCCCUCAAAACGGAAAAUGAAAAGGAAAAGGAAAAGCGGAACUCGGACAGUGUGGGAUCGUUGGGACAUUCCGUAGAUCCCAUCGUCAAUCCAUCGCAAUUUGUCGCAGAAUAUUUGGCCAACUACAUGACUUUCGAGGUUCUGCAAGCCGGGAAUAGGCCACGCUAUGGUCCCUCACAGGAAAACGGCACCCGAAUGCACUCACCGAGGAACACUUAAGACGGCAAAGCCCCAUAAUCUCCGUAUUAAUCGGCCGUAUCGUGUUUUAUUGUCUCCAGGAACUGGCAUUUCGUGAACUUCUUGUGGAAUGAAAAACAUCCAUCUGGCAGUCUUUGAUUUUAACCUUCUUCUGUAAUCAAUGUCGAGUCUCCAAACUAAAUCCUGAAUCCACCAAA